ACACGGUCCGUCGAGCCACACUCGGUGACGAGUGCAACGUGUGUGUGGUACCUGUAUCAUCCUCGUUGUCCCAUUCCAAACCGAACCGAACGAAGCAAGUUACACAGUCUCUCGACUUUUUUCGUUUUCUCUUCCGAAAAGGCCAUUUUUGCCCGUGAGGUUUGUUUGCUUACCAUUCAUCGUCGUUCUUCGUUGGUGGAAUCCGAUUCUUCUCGAUUGGACUCUACUGGGAGAAUUUGGAACGGCGGAUCGUCGCAACUACUUUACUUUCCACUCACAACAACAACAACAACAACAACAACAAGCGAGCAGUGGAUAGCAUAAAACCACGAGUGCCGCUUCCAUUCGUCUCUCCAUUCCCAUAAUAGUCAGUCAGUCUUUCUCCAACAACUGAUUGAUUGAUCAAUCAAUCGUGUACGCAUCCCGACAUUGACUCUUCGAAAUACACACACACACACAUAUCAAUAUACAUACACACAAAAUCAUGCCAAAGGCAACCGAGACAAAAGGCAACUUGGGUCGUCGGCGAUCGCGGGUUGCUCAGAGCAGCAUCAGCAGUAACCGAAACCGAACCAACAAUGGUGUACGGGUUUGGUUCUUGAUGGCGAUUGUGUUGCUCGUGGCUACGCUCUACGUGACCGACACGAUUGCCUUUGCCCCGCCAUUGCCGUUGCAGCAGAACCAACGACAAGAACAACACCCACUGCAACUGUCAUUGUAUUCCAAGAACGAUCCGACCCACGGACCCUAUGAACCGUCUUCUUGUUACCACAGUCGGCGGAGAACUCGCCAGGCAUCUUCAACCUUCACAAAAUCAUUUACAAGCACUUGCGGCAAUUCGUUGGGCUCGGCCUUGCAAGCGUCUUGUUUGGUACCGCCACCGCCACCCUCGCAUUUACAGUUCCUCGAACAAGGCAGUGUAUGGGAAGAUGCCCCCUCGGUACAGGCGUCACAACACCACCGAUCCACACGCAAAUACCGGCGUCGGACGGUACACGGGUCGACUUGGAAACACGGUUCUCCUUCGUUGCAGGAUCCCGCGAUCGUCACGUUGGUCAAGAAGGCACCGCACGAUUCAAUCACCGCUCCUACCAAUAGUAACAACGCGUGGGAAGACUUGGUGCAAACCGUUCUUCCUUCCAGUAGUAGUAGCAGCAGCCGCACCGAAUCUACCGUCACAUCCAUCGACAGUGACCCCGCCUAUCAACGCCGCAAGGCCGACUGGGCGAGCAAGUACGCGUCCGUGGAAGCCCUGCGGGCAACUUUUGGAGUCAACCGCAACGGUUUCUGGGGAGAUUUAGACGCCGACCGGACGCGCCGUUUGUACAAAACGCUCCUGCCCAAGGCACUCUUGGAACUGCACGCCAUGGGCGUGCAGGCCCAGGAUUUAGCCCCUCUCGCCUACCGUGCCCGCGUCGCCGCCAAACUGUACGCCCGCGAACGAUCCUACGUUACCCUCCGCAUAGGAAGUCACAUGCUCGACGGAAUACGAACCUGGCAACGCUACGGACAAUUCGACGUUACCGGUAUGAGCUACACGCAGGUAUGGGAAAAGUACGCCAAGGCCAUUCUCGAAGAUGCUGAUGAAGAUAACGAAUCCCACGCCGCCCUCCGCGAAGAAGAUGUUACCGCACAAAUAUGUCUCAAGAUUUUGGAAUCGUCGUGUCGGAGCAACACCAUGAUUGAUCGAUUGUGCCUUGCCAGUGGCAGUCACAACAGCCAUCACGAGGAUCACGAUACGACCUGCUUAGUGCCGCCACACCAUUGCGACGAUCUCAACAUUCUCACGCAGGAUUUGGAACGCGACGUGUGGAGUAUUUUGGACGAGGCCCAGACCCGUGCACAUGAUCCUCGACCUCACUCACCGACCGAGCACCCACCGUCGUACAAUGUACAGCGGUGGCGUACGCUGCGUACGCUGGCCCGGGUCAAGCGACGUUUGGAACGCUUACAGCACCAUCCUCACCCGGAUUCCCAAUAACCACCACCGCUGGACUCCGCAUUCGUGCGGUCUCGGCAUGUCACUACUACUGAAUAAAAACAAAACAUGUGCACACACAAGGUAGCCGCUGCCAAUCCACCUGGUUGGUUGUUUUCUCUCACAAUAAACAACCGCAACCUAGUAAAAUACUGUUUCAACGAGAAGAAG